AGUCUGGUAUGAGUCGUGAUUAAAAUCGCACAUCAUAAAAUGGCACUUUUAGUUUUUAUUCUUUUUGUAAUCACAAUUCUUGUAAUUUGGUAUCAAAGGAAAUUUUAUCGAAAAAAUGCUUUACUUGCUAAAAUUCCAGCUUUUAAGUCAUAUCCAGUUUUUGGUAGCAGAUUAGCACUUAUUGGAAAAUCAGGGAGUGAAAUAUUCGAAACUCUUCAAGAUGCUUCAGAGACAUUAGGACCUGUUUGGAGACUUGACUUGAGUCCCUUCUCAAGUAGUGUAUUUACAAGUGAUGUUAAGAUGAUUGAAUCGGUUUUAUCAAGUCAAAAGCUGCUCGAUAAAGGAAGCGGAUACAAAUUUGUGAGAGGAUGGCUUCAAGAAGCUUUUCAUUUUAAUAUUCUUCAACAAUUCGCUGAAAUUAUGGAUCAUCAUGGACAGAUUUGUGUAUCGAAUUUAAAGAAGUUUGAUGAUCAAGAAAUUGACUUCUUCUCAAUAAUUUCUCUAAACGCAUUCGACGUUAUUUGUGGUGAGUUUUCAGUAAAUUAUCAAUCAGUGGAUAUGAUAAGAAAUAAAGUUUUAUUUUCUGGAGCAGAAUCAGCAAUGGGUUGCAAAAUAAACGCUCAAAAGAACUCCGAAUCGGAAUACAUAAAAGCUGUAAAAGAAAUUUCCAACAUUAUAUUUUUACGGACGUUUAACCAAUUUAAACGCAGCGACUUCUUAUAUCAGUUCACUGAGAUGUACCAACGAGAACAAAAUGCACUAAAAGUUCUUCAUGAUUUUACUGAUUCUGUGAUUGUUUCACGACGGAAAGAAUUGGAAAGUGCAAGUCAUGCAGUUAAAAAUGAAAAUGAUUUUGGGAUCAAGAAACGUAAAGCUUUCCUCGAUCUCUUGCUUCAAUCAACCAUCGAUGGGAAUCCUUUAACCAACUCAGAUAUUCGUGAAGAAGUUGACACUUUUAUGUUUGAGGGUCACGACACAACAACAAGUGCAAUUUGUUUCACAUUAUACAACCUGGCAAAGUAUCCUGAAAUUCAAGAAAAGGUUUUCGAAGAAUGCAAAACGACUCUUGGAGAUGAUUUACAACAACUCGUGACCAUUCACGACCUUAAUAAUUUACACUACCUUGAAUUGACAAUUAAGGAAACUUUAAGAUUGUAUCCAUCAGUUCCGUUCUAUGGUCGAAACAUAAAGGAAGACGUCACUAUUGGACACCUGACAAUCCCUAAAGAUACGAACGUGAAUGUUGCAGCCUUCUUCUUGGGAAGGAAUCCCGACAUUUUUUCAGAUCCAUUGAAGUUCGACCCACUAAGAUUUGAUGCAGAAACCAACAAUGAAAAGAACAAUCCUUACGCUUAUGUUCCCUUCAGUGCUGGUCCAAGAAAUUGCAUUGGACAAAAGUUUGCGAUGUUGGAAAUGAAAAGUAUCGUUGCUAAAAUAAUCAGAAACUUUAAGUUAUCAGUCACCAAGGAGAAUGAGAAACUGGAAUUAAUUGCGGAGCUUGUGUUGAGACCAGUGAAUGGUGUCAAACUUAGAGUUCAAAAAAGGAACAACGAUUGAACAAAUCAACAAUCAAAUUUAAUAUCCUUGAGGUAAUUUAAUUCAAUACAUCGAAGGGUUCAUAAUUUCAACUAGUCAUGGAAACCCGCAUUACCUAAGG